AAAUGCUCCGUAUAUGAAGAGCUUAAACUAAUACUAUGGGUGAGUUGGAAGAAUGCCCGUAGACGAAUUAAACGCGGAAAUCAGGCUCAAAGUCCAACUAUAGCUCUGUCUAGGCCUGGAGUCAUCAGAAUUCAGACAUGGCUUUAGCUCCAACUCCUUCGUUACUAGCUCCCCAACCUUCCUGGUUCACUCCCAAAAGGUUGCUUGCAAUUUUCUGCGCAAUCAACUUACUAAAUUAUGUGGACCGUGGAGCUAUAGCAAGCAAUGGUGUCAAUGGGAGCCCUAGAAGUUGUAGUGAUAGUGGUACAUGUUCAUCUGGCAGUGGAAUUCAGGGCGAUUUUAACUUGAACAAUUUUCAGGAUGGUGUCAUAUCAUCUGCUUUCAUGGUUGGGCUACUUGUGGCAUCUCCAAUAUUUGCAUCCUUGGCGAAAAGUGUGAAUCCAUUUAGGCUUAUUGGAGUUGGACUGACAGUCUGGACCUUGGCAACUGCCGGUUGUGGAUUUUCGUUUGACUUCUGGUCAAUUACAAUAUUCCGGAUGUUUGUAGGUGUUGGUGAAGCUUCUUUUAUUAGUCUUGCCGCUCCAUUCAUUGAUGAUAAUGCCCCAGUUGAGCAGAAAACAGCAUGGCUGGGAAUAUUCUACAUGUGCAUUCCAUCUGGGAUUGCAGUUGGCUAUGUCUAUGGUGGAUUGGUUGGAUCUUAUCUUACUUGGCAUUGGGCCUUUUGGAUUGAAGCUUUAUUGAUGCUUCCUUUUGCUAUUCUAGGUUUUGUAAUGAAACCAUUACAAUUGAAAGGGUUCUCUCACACUGAACCAGAAAAGGCAUUGAUUUCUGUGGAGACUGAUUGCUUAGGAGAUGAAGUUGCUUCGAUUGGUAAAGAUGGUUCCAUUGAAGCCACCAAAGCUUCCAGGUCAAGCGAUGCUGAUAGUUAUUCAGAUCAUCUCAUGAGAGUUUUGAAAGAUAUGAAAUGUCUUUUGGUUGAAAGGGUUUAUGUUGUGAAUGUGCUAGGAUAUAUAGCGUAUAAUUUUGUAAUAGGUGCAUACUCUUAUUGGGGACCAAAGGCUGGUUACAGCAUAUAUCAUAUGAGCAAUGCGGAUUUGCUCUUUGGAGGAGUUACAAUUGUAUGUGGAAUAUUUGGAUCACUAGCCGGUGGCUAUGUUUUGGAUCUCAUGAAUUCUACACUAACUAAUGCUUUCAAGCUUCUGUCUGUAGCAACAUUUUUAGGGGCAAUAUUUUGCUUUGCUGCCUUUUGCUUUAAAAGCUUAUAUGCUUUUAUAGUUCUGUUUGCGAUUGGAGAACUGCUCGUGUUUGCCACUCAGGGUCCCGUAAAUUAUGUCUGUCUGCAUAGCGUCAAGCCAAGUUUGAGACCAUUAUCCAUGGCUAUAUCUACUGUCUCGAUUCACAUAUUUGGAGACGUUCCUUCAUCUCCUCUUGUCGGGGUUCUCCAGGAUCAUAUAAACGACUGGAGAAUCAGCGCUUUGGUCUUGACGUCUGUUCUGUUUCUGGCAUCCGGAAUAUGGUUCAUAGGGAUCUUUCUUCACAGUGUUGACAGAUUCAAUGAAGAUAGUGAGCAUUCAAUCCCCAUACCUGAUAGAUCAAGCACAACACCACUUCUUGAGGAAAAUAGUGCAGAAAGAAGUGUAUAAAUAAUCUGCAUUGCAGGAAGAACAGACAAGCAAACAUGCUUUCAAUGUGUAUCACGUGUAAAUAAUGUUAUUUUAGUGUUGUAUGUAUUUGUUGAUUAUAGUGAGAACUGAGAAGAAGCUUACAAGAUUCAAGCUAUGGUUUCAACAGAAACACAACUUCCAUUCAUUUCAUAGAGAAAAAUAUUGUAUGGCUGUUCUACUAUGUGUGUCCAUCUAUGGAUUAUCAAGAUGCAAUUUACUUACUCCUUUUUUAGUUGA